AUGGCCUGCGCUCCGGGCGCCAAUGCCGCAGUGCGAUCCCGGCCGGCGGCAGAGAAGGCCGGCAAGGCCGCGGGCGCAAAACGGAGGAAGGUUCCGGCUUCAAGGAAGGUUCCAGCUUCAAGGAAGCCAUCUUCUUCAACCUCUCACUCCAUCCCCCCGCAAGGAGGUGCUCCGACGAUGUCGUUCAACGGUGCCGCUCCUCCCGUGAGCGAGGUGUUCGACGAAAUGGCCGGAAGCGGUGGUUCGAACAAUGCAACUAACGAGUUCGUGAACUUGUUGGACACGAACGCGGUUGACAUUGAUCAAGCCCCUUUCAAACCAUUCGACAACAAUGAAACGGAGGGCGGCGUGGACGAUCAUGGUUGUGCGGGCGAGUUGGAGGAGAUCGAAGCGGAAGCGACUUCACGCACAUUUCGGUCGCUUCAAGGUCGUUGGGAGAACAUCAAGCCUAUGUGCAGCCAUUGGGCAGCUUGCUUGGAGCAAGUACGCAAUGCACCUCCAAGUGGCACAGUGGAGUCCGACUAUGACAAGAUUGCUCAACAUAGAUACAAGGACAUGGAAGCUUCGGAAGACAGAUUCUUCAAAUUAGAGCAUUGUUGGGAGUUGCUCCAAAAGUGCGAUAAGUGGAAGUUGAUCGACAAAGAAUCCCCACCAAAGAGAGGCUCACUUAUAAACAUGGAUGAAGAUGAGGAUGAUGAUGGCCCAAGAAAUUUGCACAAGCCUGAUGGCGACAAGAAGACUAAAGAGAAGAUAAAGAGAGAGCAAGAAGCAUCAAGCUUGAGGGAGAAGAUCGAUGCCAUGGUGCAAUCAAACGAGUUGAUGUUGUUGAAGUCGUUGGAGAUCAAGAAAGAGUUGGCCGAGAAGAAGGCAAAAGAGAAGCAAGAAAAAUGGCAAAUGCUCAAGGAAGAGGGGCUGCGCAAAGCUGCCAUUGAGGAGAGAAAAGCACGCGCCUCUGAAAACAAAUCGUUGUCAUUGUUGCUCGCCGAAGAGAACAAGAUCAUGUCAAUGAACCGCAAUGACAUGGACGACGUCACCAAAACAUGGCAUGAUAUGGCAAGGAAAGAGAUCUUCAAGAGGAGAAUGGUCGCCUCGCCCGGUCCGUGUGCCAGUUUCGGUGAUGUUUUCUCUACUUCAUAUGGUGGCAAUGUGGAUGAUUUCAGUGCGGGAGUUGGAACAAGCGACGGAGGUGGCUACGGUGGCGCCGAUGAACUUCAAGAUGGACUCCAUGGCGCGGAGUGA